AUGGAGCUCUCAACAAAUUCCGAAGCCUUAAUCGGCACAUGCGACUCGCAAUCUUCCAUCAUCUCAAGCACUAUGCCGUUGACAAAGAUUAGACGCCAUAAUUUCAGGGCAGACGAUUUCCUUCAAGACAAGAUCAGAGUCAUCAUCUACGUCGGCGAAGACUUCCAGCUACGAGCUUCAUGGCGUCGGUUCUAG